AAUGGAUUUCACUAUUUACCGUGAGAAAGUUCCUAAUUAGCUUCCAAAUGGAUAUAAAAGUUAAAUAAAAGGUUGAAGACAGUGUCAUUAGGUAAAAGUGAAUUGUUAAAAGAAGUAAAGCCCUCAAAUCUGUAAGAUGUUCAACAAUCUAUUCUUAAGAGACAAGUUUCCAUCCCUAAAAAUGGAACUUAGCAUGAACAUUCUAAUUUCAAUGCUCAAAUUCUUCAAAAUAUUUGGAUUUCUGCCUUACUCGAUCGAAAGUUUCACAAAAACUGGCCAGAUAAAGCUUCAAAAAUUCUAUGUAGCUCUAGUCAUCAUCUUUCUGGUCAUCUACUGGUUCAUCUUGAUUGGAAACUUCUUUGAGAAUGACAUAACAUCGGACAAGCUCACAAGCAUCUCAAAUUGGAUUCAAUUGCUAGUCAAUGGAUGGACAUUGAACAUUAUUUUGGUAUUGCCGUUCACAAAUGCUUCAACCAUGGAUGAAAUCCUCAAAUGUUUUGAGAAAUUCGAUAGUCGAGCAUCCUUGAUGUCAGUUGAUGUCAGCAAGUCAAAAAUGAAUGGAAUUGUCUUAAUCAGCAUCAUUUAUUUCAUGAUUUUCAUACUUUACAUGGGUGGAUAUGAAAUUUAUGUUGUCUUGAUUCAUCAUCGACUCACUAGCUUCAUUUAUUGGAUCAUAACUUUCAUUCCAACUGUCGUGUCUCUGGCUGCACUCUGUUUCUCAUUCUGCAUGCUGAUUCUCAUCUUCUAUCGUCUCAAAAUUGCCAUCAAAAUUCUCAAAAAUGAAGUCUCGAGUGUCCAAAAUUAUCCUCAACUCUUUAAAAUUCUGGAAGUGAAAUCAUUUAGCAUCGAGCAGAGUGUCCGUUCCAAUAUGCCGUCAAUUUUUCAUCUUUACCAAGAAAUUCUCGACUUGAGAUUGGCUUUGGAGAAAUUGCUUGGUCCAAUUUUCUUGUCAGCUUUUACAUCAAUCUUUGUCAUCACCACAACCCAAAUUUAUCAUUGCUACACGCUGAUUGUGACUAAGAAGGAUGCACAUUUGGGAUUUUCUUUGUGGGCUGUUGGACUUUGUGUUAAUAUUAUUGUGAUUAAUGUGUCGGCGACAAUUGGACUGACUACUUUGUGUGAGAUGAUCGCUAAUCAGUCCCACUCCUGCUCACGUUUGAUUGCAAAAAUGCGUCUAAAUGGAUCAAAAUAUUUCACAUCAAAUGAGAUUCAAAAGAUGACGGAAGUCUUUCAAUUGACCAACACUGACAUUACAUUUUCAGCUAUGGGAUUCUUUAAAGUUAAUUAUCGCAUGCUUUGUGGAAUGAUAAACUCAAUUACAACAUACUUGAUCAUCUACAUUCAGUUCUAUGCACUUUAUGCCAACGAUAGUGGAUCUGUGUUCCAUAAUAAAUUUGGCAACUAA